AUGGGUAAGGGUAAGCCUAGAGGGCUUAACGCUGCUAGAGCCUUGAGAACUUCGAGACGUGACAACAGAUGGGCUGACCAACAAUACAAGGCCAGACUUUUGGGUACCGCCUACAAGUCGUCGCCCUUCGGUGGCACCUCGCACGCCAAGGGGAUUGUCCUCGAAAAGAUUGGUGUUGAAGCCAAGCAACCCAACUCCGCUAUCAGAAAGUGUGUCAGAGUUCAAUUGAUCAAGAACGGUAAGAGAGUCACCGCCUUCGUCCCCAAUGACGGUUGUCUUAACUACGUCGACGAAAACGACGAAGUCUUGCUCGCCGGUUUCGGUAGAAGAGGUAAGGCUAAGGGUGAUAUCCCCGGUGUCCGUUUCAAGGUCGUCAAGGUCUCGGGUGUGUCGCUUUUGGCUUUGUGGAAGGAAAAGAAGGAAAAGCCCAGAUCGUAA